UCUUCAUAUUAUUCAUACGCACCGUUUCUCUAUCUCUUCGGCACCGUCUGUAGCGCUGCAGCAUAGGUAGUCUGGGAACACGAGCUUUGAACAAUUGCACAUGGGCAAUUAAGAGCCCCCAGCCCUAGUAUGCGUUGAGAUUUGAACUUCUUCUCUUCUAGAAAUUACCUGCUCAGCAUUAUACGUUAUUUUACUAGUAUAACCUACGGUACCCCCUCCCUCCCUCCCUCAUCGUGAUCCCCAUUCUUACUUGGUUCGUAGUGGGAAGUGGGAACAAGAGCGUGCCAUGCACCACUCGAGCUCGACUCCCCUCUCCCGUUGACGUUCGCCAGAUGAUGGUUAAACCAUCUCCGAUGGAAGGUGCUUGCAACGCGCGUCGCCGGACAGCUUCUCUGGCUACCGAUAGCAUAGCAAUGAUGGCGGAGCAGCACGACGGCAAGCCGGCCAACGGCAGUGGCCUGCGCUGGCGGCCGCACUACGGCUGCCCGGCAGCGGGAAGCACCACCAUCCCCCUCGUCUUCCUUCUCUUGCUCACCGGCGCGCUGUUCCUCAUCCUCGGCCCGACCGACUCCGUCCUCACCCUCCCCAGCCUCCGCGUCGUGUUCAGCAACCCCAUCCACAUUGCCGCCGCAGCUCCGCCAGCGCUGCCGCCCGCAGCCGCCAACGUGAGCGACGAGGACAUCGGCCUCCCGCCGCCCCGCCAGCUCACGGACCCGCCCUACUCGCUGGGCCGCACCAUCCUGGACUACGACGCGCGCCGGUCCGCAUGGCUCGCCGCGCACCCGGAGUUCCCCGCGCGGGUGCCGCCCGCGGGCCGGCCGCGGGUGCUGGUGGUGACCGGGUCCGCGCCGGCCCGGUGCCCCGACCCGGACGGCGACCACCUGCUGCUGCGCGCGUUCAAGAACAAGGCGGACUACUGCCGCGUCCACGGCCUGGAGGUGUACUACAACACGGCGUUCCUGGACGCGGAGAUGACCGGGUUCUGGGCGAAGCUGCCGCUGCUGCGGUCGCUGAUGAUGGCGCACCCGGAGGUGGAGCUCCUGUGGUGGGUGGACUCGGACGCGGUGUUCACGGACAUGCGGUUCGAGCUGCCGUGGGAGCGCUACGCGGCGCACAACCUCGUGCUCCACGGCUGGGAGGCCAAGGUGUACGAGGAGAAGAGCUGGGUGGGCGUCAACACCGGCAGCAUCCUCAUCCGCAACUGCCAGUGGUCGCUCGACCUCCUCCACGCCAUGGCCCCCAUGGGGCCCCGCGGCCCCGUGCGCGACAGGUACGGCGAGCUCUUCGCCAGGGAGCUCUCCGGCCGCCCGUCGUUCGAGGCCGACGACCAGUCGGCGCUCAUCUACCUGCUCGUCACGCAGCGGGAGAGGUGGGGGGACAAGGUCUUCUUCGAGAACUCGUACGAGCUCAACGGCUUCUGGGAGCUCAUCGUGGACAGGUACGAGGAGCUGCGGCGGACGGGCGCCUGGCCGCUUGUGACGCACUUCGUCGGGUGCAAGCCCUGCCGGCGGUACGCCGACAGCUAUCCGGCGGACCGGUGCCGCCUCGGGAUGGAGCGCGCCUUCAACUUCGCCGACGACCAGAUACUGAAGCUGUAUGGGUUCGGCCACGAGUCGCUCAAUGGCACCGCCGUCCAGCGCGUCAGGAAUGAGACCGGCGGGCCGCUGGACGCGGAGGACGAGGAGCUCGGUCGGCUGUUGCACCCCACGUUCAGGGCAACGUAG